GAAGAGUGACAGCCCCUCGGCGCGCGCUAAGGCCCGCCCCUGCACCGGAAGAAGGAAGGCGGGGGAGUCGAUCCCGAGUAGGGUGGGAGGUCUCCUGAAAAUACUGCUGGUGGCCAGGAAAAGGGGCGGGGCCCAGGUCGCGGGGGUGGGACGACUCGCCUUCCACUCCUGUCACGCGCGGCAGGAAGUGCUGCCGCCCGCGGAGUAGUCGAAAUGGGGACCUCCCUGGAUAUUAAGAUUAAGAGAGCCAACAAGGUUUAUCAUGCCGGGGAAGUGCUCUCGGGCGUGGUGGUCAUAUCUGGCAAGGACUCAAUCCAGCACCAGGGAGUGUCUCUGACAGUGGAAGGAAGCGUGAACCUCCAGCUCAGCGCCAAGAGCGUGGGUGUGUUCGAGGCUUUCUACAAUUCUGUUAAGCCUAUCCAGAUUAUCAACAGCACCAUCGAGAUGGUGAAGCCAGGAAAAUUCCCCAGCGGCAAAACAGAAAUUCCUUUUGAGUUUCCCCUGCACGUGAAGGGCAACAAGGUCCUGUACGAGACGUACCACGGCGUGUUUGUCAACAUUCAGUACACCCUGCGCUGUGACAUGAGGCGGUCGCUGCUGGCCAAGGACUUGACCAAGACCUGCGAAUUCAUCGUCCACUCUGCCCCUCAGAAGGGGAAGCUGACGCCGAGCCCUGUGGACUUCACCAUCACGCCCGAGACUUUGCAGAACGUCCGAGAGAGGGCCCUGCUCCCCAAGUUUCUCAUCCGAGGCCACCUCAACUCGACCAACUGUGUCAUCACACAGCCGCUGACGGGCGAGCUGCUGGUGGAGAGCUCGGAGGCCGCCAUCAGGAGCAUAGAGCUGCAGCUGGUCCGCGUGGAGACCUGCGGGUGUGCGGAAGGAUACGCCCGGGACGCCACCGAGAUUCAGAAUAUUCAGAUCGCUGACGGAGACGUUUGUCGCAGCCUGUCCGUCCCCAUAUACAUGGUCUUCCCCCGGCUGUUCACCUGCCCGACGCUGGAGACCACCAACUUCAAAGUGGAAUUUGAGGUUAACGUCGUCGUGCUUCUCCACCCCGAUCACCUCAUCACCGAGAACUUUCCUCUGAAGCUGUGCAGGACGUAGCCCAGGAGCUGGCAGCAUGGUCGGCGGAGCUGCCGGAGGGACCGUGGUGGGGGGGUGGCUCCCGGCAGCAUGUGCUCACGUUCUCGACGCUUCUGUGUCAGAAAUGAAGCCGGCCCCCCCCCCCCCCAGCCCCACCACAAUCACUCUCGGGCCUCAUUUCCUUGAGGUUCUGCUUCCGGUGGACGCCUCUCGUCACACCAUUUCUUUAAGACUCAACAGGACGCAGUUGGUUUGGGCCGGAUCCUUAGGCAGAAAGCAAAGCUUCCUGGGACUCCUGACCUCCCGGCGCCUUUCAGAGGCAGGAAAACUGAAACAGCCGGGUGCGCUCGGCUGGAAAGUGCGGCCCCGGGACCGACGAGACCCUCGCACCGAGGACUCCUCCGCAGCACAGCGGCCGCGCAGGAUGGGGACAGACGCCGCCGUGGCGCACGGGGUUUGCGGAUCGCACCGGUGCGGGGCUUCAGGGAAGGUGACGGCGGAUCAUCCCGUCCGUGCAGGGCCGAGGGGACGGUGUCUGCCGAUCAUCCGCGCAGGGCUGCAAGGCGGCAUUCUCUAGGACCGUGUAACGUUUUUUCCCCGACUCUGUUCUGUAGUCCUUUUAUAACAUUUUUCAUAACUUCAAAACGUUGAGAGAACUGGAAUAAAGUGUCCCUUCUGGUCGCGGGAGGAAAAGA